CUCCCAUUUUACAAUGCUUGUUUUACCAUACCUAAGGAGGAGCACUAGAUUUUCACUCAACUGUUUCCUGUUCUGGACAUCAUAAACUAUAGUUUACAUCUAAAGAAAUUCAGAUCGUUAUGGCGAUGCCUGCUUGAUGCCAGAAUCAGGUGAUGCUCCAGGACAUCCCAACAUGACCUCUAUCGCUAUAGUUUCCAAGGAAACAAGAUUGGACAAAGUUAAACCUCCGAGUCACAGAAAGAUGACAUCAUCAUCACCCACCCACAGCGAUAGCAGCGGCUCCCCCAAACAUGACCGCAACCAGGACAGCUGGGAGAUUGUGGAAGGGCUGAGGGGGGUACCAGCCAGCAUGCAGGAACCAGACAAACAGGAAGGUCUCCUGCUGAAGAGGAGGAAGUGGCCUAUGAAGGGAUGGCACAAGAGGUACUUCGUUCUGGAGAAAGGUAUCCUGACGUACUCGAAACGGGGGACAGAUCUCAAGAAGGGAAAACUGCAUGGCUGUAUCGAUGUGGGUCUGUCUGUUAUGUCAAUCAAGAAGAAGGCCAAGUGCAUAGAUCUGGACACUGAGGACAAUAUCUAUCACCUCAAGGUGAAGUCGCAGGAGCUGUUUAAUGAUUGGGUGUCCAAGCUCCGACAUCAUCGCGUGUUCCGUCAGAACGAGAUCGCCAUGUACCCGCACGAGAGACACCUUAUCCCCUCUCACCCCUGCUCCUCACCCCACGACGCUGCGUCCAUGAGGAAGAAGUUUACUCUCACCAAACAGGCUUCCCUCCACCAGGCUAAGGUCAGCGUGUGGCUCCACUCCUCAGAAGACAUGGAGAAAUGCUGCAGAGAUCUUGAGGAGUGCGAGUCUUACCUGUUGGAGCUUAACCUACUGCUGAAGAGCAUGGAGGUUCUCCAUCGAACUUACUCUGCUCCAGCUAUAAGCGCACUACAGGCCUCCACUUAUGACAUUCCUAAGAAGGAAAAAAGGGGCCCGAGGAGGUGGCGUUCCAAAAACUAUGGUAAAGACGGCAAAGACACCAAAGACAGCAAGUCCAUGCUGCAGGUCCCCAGCUGCAUCUCCUCAUCAGCAUCAGGUCCCCCUCGUUUCCAUGCCUCCAACCCCAACCUCUCUUCCUGUGAGCCCCACAGCCAGGAGGCCUGCCUCGAGUCCCCAGACUCGCCUACAGACGCAUCCCGCCUCCAGGAGGACUUCUGCAGGCUCGCCAAUAACAUUCACUCCACCCUGAAGUCGGCCUACUCCUCUCUGUCAGCAGAGAGAGACAAACUGAGACACACUGUGGACAUGCAGGCUCCGCCCCCUGCACAGGUUAUGGGCCUGAAAAACUCCUACGCCUCAGUAAGCAUGCGAUUGGCUCUGUGUGUGACAGGUGUUAAAUAUUUUAUUGUCUUGUGGGACAAGAGCAUGACAAUCACACUCAUAAUUGUUUAUUCCUCCAAUAAGGACUCUCCAGAUGGUUCCCGCCCUCUUGUUCACCAGGAGUCCAAUGACAGUAGAGGAUCCAUCCCUGAAUCUUUGUCUGAGUUUUUUGAUGCCCAGGAGCACCUUCUCUCUUCCAGCUCUUCUGAGAACGAGGUAUCGGAUGACGACUCGUAUAUCAGUGAUGUCAGCGACAGUGUUUCCAUGGAUACCUUCAGUAACGAAGGAGGCAGUGAAAGACACGACUCAGGUUCUGGGGGUACUGGUUUGCCCCUCCAGCCUCGCCGGCGCUCUGCCCUGCCAGCCCCCAGCCCCAGCACGGGAGGGGUGAGCCUGUGGAACAUCCUCAGGAACAACAUUGGCAAGGACCUGUCCAAGGUGGCCAUGCCCGUUCAGCUGAACGAGCCGCUCAACACCCUGCAGAGGCUGUGCGAGGAGCUGGAGUACAGUGAGCUUCUGGACACGGCCAAUCACACCAAGGACCCCUACCAGCGCAUGGUUUAUGUGGCAACGUUUGCAGUGUCUGCCUACGCGUCGAGCUUCUUCAGAGCGGGGAGUAAACCUUUUAACCCUGUCCUGGGGGAGACGUACGAGUGUGACAGACCAGACAAGGGCUUCAGGUUCAUAGCAGAACAGGUGAGCCAUCACCCACCUGUUUCUGCAUGUCACUGUGAUUCUAAGAACUUCACCUUCUGGCAAGAUGUCCGAUGGAAAAAUAAAUUCUGGGGGAAGUCCAUGGAAAUUGUUCCCAUAGGAACCACCCAUGUCACCUUACCUGCGUUCAAGGACCACUAUGAGUGGAACAAAGUGACUUCCUGUAUCCACAACAUCCUGAGUGGUCAGCGCUGGAUCGAACACUACGGAGAGAUGUCAAUCAAAAACAUGGACAAUGACGUUUGCCAGUGCAAAAUCACCUUUGUCAAGGCAAGAUCUUGGAACUCCACGGUGAACGAGAUAGAAGGCGUGGUCACGGACAAAGAGGGGCGUGUCCUCCAUACCUUAUUUGGGAAGUGGCAUGAGGGCGUGUACCAAGGGGCCCCUCCUUCUGCAACCUGCAUUUGGAGAGCAAACCCUAUGCCAGUGAACCAGGAGCAGUACUAUGGCUUCACCCAGUUUGCAGUGGAGUUGAAUGAGCUGGAACCUGCUGUAAAAGCUCUGCUGCCCCCCACUGACACACGCUUCCGCCUCGACCAGAGGUGUCUGGAGGAGGGGAACGUGGAGGGAGCAGAGGAGCAGAAGCAGAGGAUCGAGCAGCUCCAGAGAGAGAGGAGAAAGGUGCUACAGGACAACAACAUGCUGCAUCAGCCACGCUUCUUCAAGAAAUCCAAGGAUGACACAUGGGUGAGCACCAACACGUACUGGGAGAGGCGGAAGGAUCCGGGAUUCUCCAAGGUGGACUUCCCUGUGUUGUGGUGACUUCACACCACACCCGCCCCACCUUAAACCGCUUCUCAUAGGGAGAGAUCAAAACCCCAGCCUGCGCCUGUGGACUGCUACUGUCCAAUCUGACCCAAUGGUUAACGGCUGCCCUGUGUCAGGGUAACCCAGGCCAAAAAUGGACCUACUUCCUGUUUCAGGGUUGAGUGGAUCCCCUUAAAGCUAAGAGGAGGACUUUUUCAUGAUGUUGUUGCUUAGCUUUCAGGGGUCUUUUUUUCAUUUCAUUCUUUAACACAUUCUUUGUGUUCGUAUGUAGUGUGUACUUUCAUUUUCUUCUUUGCUGGCUCUGAUUGAAAUGUUGUCAUAUCAUAUGUUCUGAUGCAGUCCAGACACCCAUGUGCCUUGUUAUAUAGAGUAAGAAUACUCAGAAAUCAGUUGUAGCAAAAUAUGCUAGCACACUGUUAUUUCCAGAUGUCGUUUUACAACUUUUUGUUAUUUCUAAGUGCCUUGGGGCACUUGUAUGAUAUGAUAUCAUGUCAAGCCUGUUCCUGUGUGAUCCAUGUGGAAGUACACACGGUUCUGAGUGAACACUCUUAUGAUGUCACAAUCCAGACUGUCUCAAUCCUAGUCUCACUACAGUGUGACAGGAUUCGAAGACGUCUAAGAAGAAUGCUGCCUUGUUGAGAUCAGUCAUUAUGAAUGUCGCUGAAAAAUAUAGCAAUAAUACUGUGUCUAAAAUAAAGAUAGGCAAUGCAAAGUAAAA